UCGUACAACCAACGGUCGUUGGAUCCCGUGCACAUGCAGAUCAUCAUUGACACGAUGAUGACGGCUUUCUCACAAGCCGAGAAGACGUACGAGUUGCCUACCCUCGAGCUGGCGCCGAUAGGGCUGGAGAAACCGAAGUCGGGCGUGCGGGCUGAUCGUCUAAAGCAUGAGGACUUGAAGGACGAGCUCGCAGACCAAUACUAUUAUUACGCCGUUUCCGGCCAGCACAACGCUGCUGCAGCCAAGAUGCUGCUGGGCACGGGCGUCGCAUUGAGGUACAACUUCGGCAAGUGGCCUGCACGUAUGGUUUACUUCUCGGACGAGGAGUUCGAUGGGCAUUUUCUGGUCAGCUCGGAGGACAACAUGAAGGACUUGAAGGCGCCUCCUAGACAGCUAAAACUAUCAAUGAAGGACAUUCGGUGGCUGUGGAAAGAAAAGGGUUUCCCAAAUGCUGUUAUCGGGAACCCCAGUGGAAAACAAGCUCAGGUGAAGACAUGGCGUGAGUUCUGUUCGCAGGCGCUUCACAAAACGCCUUACAACCACUUGUGGCUUCUCGGUGAUGAGAAGGGCGAGGACAGUAUUAAGAAGCAGAACGCUGUCCUUCGCUCUUAUUUUCCGUUGGUGAUGGCUGGAAAAAGCGCGUGGGAGCUGGGUAUGGAAUUUUUCGAGAAAUGGGAGACGGGGAGACUUCUGGCACCCGAGGGGGCGAGGUGGAUCACAAGGAAACGGAAAGUGCAGAGCGUCAGGCCCGGCGUUAGCCACAUUGAAAACGACAAGUGGAGGAGAAAGGAGGUUGUCUACAACGUCCCCGUCGAGGUGCCCCAAAAGAAAGGAAAGAAGGAGAAAGAGCCUGGCGAUUGGUUUGUCCAGGUCACCGAGCCGGAUCCGCACUGCUGGAAGAGCAUGAGGGACAAUGGCGCUGAGUACAUGCGCCGCAAGGAACACAUGUUGGCAUUGCUGGACAACUACCACGACGCCUCACGCAAGAACGCAAAGAACUUCCUCGACCGACUGGAGUGUUUGUACUUCGUCGAGUCCGAGCAGGUGCUGAAGCUCGAGAGUUAUGGUGCCUUGAUCUCCACGGACGACGAGGUGGAGACAGACGUUGUUUUCGAUACUGCUACACCGGAGGAGGACAGCGUCAGCGAGGACAUCAACAUCGAUUACCAUCCUGCUCCGACGUUUCAUGCCCCUGGCUCCUCGUCGGCCGGUCCCUCAACAAGCUAGGCCACCCAGGCGUCGCCUGUGCUCACGUUCACCCCGGGUAAGAUCCCGAGUAAGCUGGCGGCGAGA